AUGGCAUGCACAUUCGAGAACUCUUAUCUGGAAUCUGGAGACUUUCUCAAAACCGUACUCCACUCGAUGACGGCCUUCGAAGUGCCACUCAACGUCUUCGGCACGUUUCUCAUCGUUUUCAAGUCUCCCAAAUCAAUGUCCACGGCCAAACGUGUCAUUUUAUUGCUGCACACCGUUUCGGCAGUUGUCGACUUUUCGGUCACUUUUCUCGGUAUUCCGUACAUUCUGACUCCGUAUCCCGGAGGCAUUACAAUAGGAUUUCUCUCCGAUUUCGGCAUUCAACCCGUUGUUCAAGUGGGCCUCGGAGCGGUUCUAACUGCUGGUUUGUUUGCUUUUGAGCACCGGUUCAUAAUUCGAUUAAUUCAUUAUACAGUCUUUGCAAUCACUCUGAUAUUUUUCUUUGAAAAUCGCUACGACGCGGUCGUCAUUGAGAACAUGAAGAGUUCGAAGCGAAACUUCAGAAGAUCUAUUUUAUUGCUCAUUGACGCCGUGGCAUGUACUCUCUUAAUCGCUUCAAUAUUACUAACACUGCCUGAUAGUGCAACUGGAAUCGCUCAUUUCCUGUCGGUCAGUUGAGUACAUCCGCCUAGAGCAUCUUGAUCUUUCAGCUGAACACAUGCAUUCCAGUGAACAUGAUCAAUCAAUCCAAUUUCGUCGACUUCUACCCGGGUCCCUCCUACGUUUGGCUCAAUAUCGUUUUCAUUGUCAUCGUAGACAGUUUCCUGUUCUCUCAGUGCGUCUUCUUCGUAUUCUCCACCGCCUAUCAUCUAUUCUUCUGCGUUCGAAUCGUUUCGAAAAGCACUCAACUCAUCCAACGAAAGUUUUUCGUCGCGUUGGUCAUACAGGCGCUGGCGCCAUUCGUCGCUUUCGCGGGACCCAUAGUCUAUAUGUACGUGGCGACCAUAAUCAGGUAUUACAAUCAAAGUAAGCAGAUUCGUCGAGUUCCCUCUAAUAUCGUUUGUAUGCUUCAGAAUACAACAACUACGCUAUAAUCUUGGCCGGCUUCAAUGGACUUCUCACCACAAUCACCAUGAUUAUGGUGCAUCCGGCCUAUCGGAAUGCUGUUCUCAGAAUGAUAUCCAUGACUUAUUUUCGUGAACGAAACAAAAUAACCAUUGUGUAUUCAACCCGAUCUUCUUUCGUACCUUGUUGA